AUCAACCAUCUAACCAAGGGUGCCUAGGUCGAAUUUAGAUAUUUGAGUGCGGGGGGAUGCCUUUGUGCGUGAGCUGCGACCUCGGCCGCGGAUGGCUGGGCGUGCCCGAUGUGAGCUCGGUUGCGGUGGACAGGGAGAGGGUUCCGGUCCCAAAGCUCAAGAAGCAGCGGGGCCAAUGGUCCAAUGGCACUGCGCCGGGCGAGUACGGUGGCCCUCCCUUGAGCUUGGAGCCCCUCAGAAUGUGGGGGAAGCCGCGCCUCCAUCCGCUGGAAACCAAGGACGAGUUUAUCUGGAACAUCGAGUGGAGGCCAUUCUUCGAUAGAGAGCAAGCUGCCGAGGAGAUUGUUGCUGAGGAAGCCGAGUCAAGCUCCGGAUUCAUCAGCUUCAACAGGGUCGCGGAGAUUAACCGUGUAGAUGUUGACUUAACCAAGGAGCUUGUCCACACAACACCAACACCACCACCGUCACCAGCAGCAGCAGGAGCAGCAGCAACCGCCAAUGGUCAUCGCUGGCGUUUUGCCCCGACUCGUAACGAGCGGAGGCAAUGGGACCGAGCUAGGAAGGCCUCAGAGACGCUGAGGAGCGAGAGGGAUUCCGUCGCAACAGCGACAGCCUCGUCGAGGCAGCGAGAAAAGGAGAGAUACAAGCGGCUCAAGUCAGGCCUGCAGGUGCUUACAGUGGGCAUUGGCGGCGCAGGAACAGUGUGUGCGUACGUAGCCUACUCGCCCACCGUUGCACUGAGCUACGGGAUUGGACUGGCGGGUUCCCUGGCAUAUGUCCGAAUGCUUGGGAACAGCGUGGAUGCAUUCGGCAGCCAAGACGUCAAAGGAGCUGCGAGGGCUGCUGUGGGUCAGCCGAGGCUUCUGGUGCCCGUCAUCCUCACCAUGAUCUUCAACCGCUGGAACGAGCUGCUGGCCCCGGAGUUGGGAGUGGCGGAGUUGCAGCUCAUUCCUAUGCUGGUGGGCUUCUUCACGUACAAGAUCGCCACCAUGGCGCAGGUCGUCCAGGAUGCGCUCCCGCAAGAAAGCCGGGAUAAACUCGAGUGAGGGGGUUUAGGGUUGCUGGAGGGAGGGGGAGGAUGAGGGAGAGAUCCACGGCAUCAUCCAAGCCACACGAUGAGCAGCACUCGCUGCUGCAGCACGACGGGGAGUCGGCGGUGUCCAAGCUGCUGAGCCCGGACGCGGAGUGGGAUAGGGUAAGUUCCGGCGCUACAAGAGCUUGCAAGACUCACUCGUCAAUCAACAGGAUCAGCUAGGCGAUGUGCUGCAUUGGCUGAGGCAAGCCCUGGGGCUGCUGUGCGGAAUCGUGUGGGGUCUCAUUCCACUCGUAGGCUCCGUCUGGCUGCUCGUGUAAGUGUUAUCUCUCGAGUGGCAAUUCACCUCUCUUCCUGCUCG